GCAGCCUCAAUACCCGAAACUCUAACGGGCCGGGUUGCCUUGUUACCGAGGUCGUAAACUAUAGGAUAGGACCCAUUUAUCAAGUCCUUAGUUAUAGCCAUCUCUUAUUAUUAAUCUUCUUGUGCUCCCUGGCCAUCUGGUCAAGGGAGGGCAGUCAUCAUUGUUGAUAUACUUCUGGAACCCGUCACGUCCACUGUAUUUUAUUCGAGAGCAGAGUUAUAACAUAAAAUAAAAUCCAGCUACUUCACAAAUGCAUUUAGCUACAACUUCUUUCCCGUGAAUUAAUAUUCUUAUUUCAGCGAAUCAAAUGUUCUGAUUUUACUUUUUUUUCUGGGUAGCAUCCCCCUUCAUAAUCUCAGCAUGCUAGAUAUGGGAAGCAUUUGUUCCUAUAUCUUCAAAUAGACAUAUACUUAUAAAUUGGCUUAGGAAUGUAUCUCGAGCCUUCAAACAAUUGGAUGUAUAACUGUUAACCCUUGCACUCGUAACGAGCAGUGACUAUACCACUCAUUUCAACUGUAGUCGAAUGAACGUAUUGUAUAUUUCAGUUUUGCAAAUCUUUACGAUGUUCUAAUUCCUGUAAACAUUAUUAAUCUAUCGUUCUUCAUUCUCCUCGCUACCACUGUCUAUAUGUAGUGAGAUACUUGGAGGAUCCGUCAGUUGAAUCUUAGUUAUCUUUAAUCAUAAUCGGUGUCAAGUCAGAGAACCCCUCGUUAUCCUUAUUAGUUGUUACAUCCAAUGAUAAUUUGUAUACGACCUCCAGCUAACAACUAUGAAACUCCUUUUCGCAGCUGCAAGAGAGACUGUGAUUGACUACACGACUUGGUAUUCCCAAGGCUACCUCAAGAUUUUCUCAAGAGCUCCGAGGGAAAAGAACGGGGCGUUGGCGAUAGUGUUUACUUUUAGUCUCGAGGUCUGGCUGUGCAUCAUAUUUUCCGUGAUGGGCGUGGAACGUAUCUGGUACUGCAGGCCAAACUUCUAACUUUCCGAGCGGACGUCAUGAAGUACGGCAUCCAAGAGUACUAUUUCAACGUGUUCAGGAACCUCGUCGUUCAGUGUAACCUGCUGGAUGUAAAGGAUUGGCCCGAGAGAAUUACCUUUUUCUCCUGGUACCUCUUUUGUCUCAUCGUCGUAGCACUCUACGCCGGGAUGCUCACAGCUGUGUUGGCAGUCCCGGAAUUCGAAGAACCAGUCGACUCUCUAACUGACCUCGCAAAGGCUGUCAAGCAGGGCUUCACCCUCGGAGUAACCAGAGAGUCCAGUAACGAGUACAUUUUUAGGGACGCAACGAAAGGCAUAUUUAAAGAGGUUUGGGGUCUGUUCAACCACGAGGACAGGUCGAAGAGCUUUGUAGCCAGUCCCUCUAUAGGAAUGAAGAAGAUUCUAGAGGAGAAAUUCAUCUUCAUAUGGUUUGAAACCUUGGGCAAGAACUUUGCGGCUGGCCUGGGCAGCUACAAGUUCCACAUCUCCCGCGAAUCUUUCUUCCCGCAAAGUUUUUCUUACCCCGUCCCUCCUGGGGCGCCUUAUAAGGAAACUUUCAGCCGAUUAAUCAUGAGGAUUGUCGAAGGAGGCAUCAUGUCAAAGUGGGAAGAUGACGUUUUCAGAAGGAACCCUCAGACACAGACUGGAAACAGGAGAGAUUUCACGGCAAUUACUCUGACCCAUCUACAGGCUGCGUUUAUUCUCCUCAUCAUCGGCUUUCUAAUCGCCUUUGGGGCAUUGACCUUAGAAAAGGUGACGGUGUCCUGCAGUCGUCGAUACCCACGUUGAUACCCAGACGCUUUGAGAAAGGAUGCUGACCUGGUCUAGAUGAUGACCUAAACUAUUACAUUUUAUAAGAUUUCCGCUGGAAAUUGCGUUUCUUAACGCUCUGGAAAUAAAAUAAUAUUGA